GCGGGGGAGGGCCGGGAGGGCGCCGGGCUGGACCGGCCUGUCUGCGGAGAUGGAUGACAGUAAGGUGGUUGGAGGCAAAGUAAAGAAGCCGGGCAAACGAGGCCGGAAGCCAGCCAAAAUCGAUUUGAAAGCAAAGCUUGAGAGGAGCCGGCAGAGCGCAAGGGAGUGCCGGGCCAGAAAAAAGCUGAGAUACCAGUAUUUGGAGGAGUUGGUAUCCAGUCGAGAAAGAGCUAUUUGUGCCCUCCGAGAGGAACUGGAAAUGUACAAGCAGUGGUGCAUGGCAAUGGACCAAGGAAAAAUCCCUUCUGAAAUAAAGGCCCUACUCACUGGAGAAGAGCAGAACAAAUCUCAGCAGAACUCAAGCAGGCAUCCCAAAACUGGGAAGACAGAUGCUAAUACCAAUUCCUUGCUGGGGAAUUAAACCCAGGGCUUCACACAUGCUAGGGUGAGGAUUGUACGAUGCCAUCAGCAAUCGAAGCCAGUGUUCUCACCUGUGUGGAUGAUGCAGGGAGGAGUUUGUUUUCUGGUUCUAGUUACUGCUUACUGCUCAGUAGUCAUCUCUGUAAAUCCGCAGUUUCUACCAAAAUGUGUGGGCAAGCAUCACAAAGGCUCUUGCUUUAACUUGCAACACUUAGAAAACUUACCAAUAUUCAGACCUGCUCUGUAUUCUCCGUGAGUUACCAUGUGAUGCCUGAAAAUGGGAGUAGAAAAAAUGGAUGAAGAUCGCAUGUUUGCACCUUAUCCACAUUGCUUUCUUGGCUAAUUUAUAUUUUCUUAUGUAAUUCAUGUAAUCGUAUGUAUGUGUGUUUAGGGUCGCAUCCUUCCAUGUUUUCAGUCACCCUACAAAAAGAAACCAGAUAGGCCAUAUACUUCCUGUACGUUCUCAGCCUUUAUGGACCUGAUACUGAGUCUUUCGUUUACUUGAGCAAUGUUUGAUUUCUCCUGUGAGCAUUCCAGUAUAAGCUGUGAGUAUGAAUUAAGACACACAUUUCUAUGUUUAUAAUCCAGAGUGAUCUGCCUGUUUGAAACAAUGUACAUGAUAGGAAAACCCAACAAGAAAACCCUCCAGACAGCCUUUUUGCUGUCUCCUCAAACGGUGUUUAUGAAUGUUGGCCAGGGCCAAAUCCAUAUGAGGGUAAUCAGUCUUGUAUUUUAUGCAGGAAGUAACCUUUCAGGCAUUUCAGCAGCAUCCAUUAUCUUAACCUGCAGUAUGUAUGUGCAUAGUGUUUCUGUUGUAUGUUUACAUGUACAUGGGGCAGACAGGAGUGAAUGUUCACACACAUGUGCUGUGUACUCAACUAAAUCAUAGACUUUCUGAAGCAAAUAGCAUGAAACUAGCUGCUGAGACUGAGCAUCUGCCCUGCUGUCUGGAGCACUGGGCACACUGCUGGUCACGCUGAUGGCUGUAGCCAUCGGCAGAAUAUUUAGUUUCCUCCCUGACAAGAGUGGCCUUAUGAAUGUGUUCUGAGCCAGAAGGAAACCCAGUGUGGGCUCACAUUGGCCUCUGCCUAUGCCUGCACUAUGCUGGCGCACCCCCAGCACUGUAGCUCAGGGCCUGGCAGGGCUGUGGAAGGGCAGAUGGCUCCUUGAGGUUCCUGGCACGGCUGUAUCUACAUCACAGAGAGUGAUGGUUGCAGACAGGGCUCCUGGUAUGAUGUGCUCAGACUGGGAAUCUUCACUUCCCCAGAGACAACUUCAUCACACUCCUAUCUGUCCUCUGGUUGGGGUCAGACCCGUUCUUUGUUGCUGCUAUACUACAGUUGUUCCUCUCUCUGAUGAAGCCUGAAUUUGGCUUCCAAAUAAGACAUCUUUGUUACAGAUUGGCAGUUUAGGAGGAAGUAUAUUAUGAUUUGUCUGGCAACCUUUGGACAUUGCGGUAGGACACUGUCAAGCUUGAGAGCUGAGCACUUGUGUUGCAACAAACUCACAAAUCUGGAAAUGUUUUAAGUUAGUUCCUGUUUUGUGUUCAGCCAGGUUUGUGGCUAUGCUGGGGCCUGUCGGCCUGCAAGCCAUGGUUCAGACACUCUGGCAUAGCGUCUUUGAGGUGGAACAUGGAAUGGACCAUAGCUUGUAAUUGUUCAGGCGUUUGAAGAUCCCUCCCUUUAGCCUGAGAUCUCAAACUCAGAUCUCUAGGCUAGGUGUGUAUGACCACUGACAGACCACUAGCCCAGCUUGCUGAGGUUCUGUGUUAGGAAGUUUAAGGGUAUUUAAUGCCUUCUUAGGACCACAAACGUAGAUAAAGGAUUACUGAUAUUCAGGCCUUCACAACGUGCGUGUCUUAAGUACAGUAUUGAGGCUGUAAUGGGUGUGCUUUUCCCAGCUGAUCUACUCAGCUGUUUACUUUCACUUUGCAAAACAGCCCAUGACUUCAUGUUGCUCUGUUAGUACCUUUGAGUUCCCCAGAAGAGUUGUUUUCAAAGCAAACAUUCCAAAAUGAACAAGGCUCCUCAGUGGAAUGUCUGUACUGUGUUUGAAGAUUUUUCUGGAGAUAAUUCUAACUGCAGGGUCAUCUGUACUCUUCCCUGCCCCCUUCUGUCUCCACAAGAUACUUUGUCCUCGGGUAGAGGAUUUUAAUUUGGAAGGAAAGUUAAUUAGAAUUUGAGUUUAUUCAUGUGCCUCUCUCUAUUUGGUAUUUUGGAGUCAAACCAAAAGAUGCUCCUUGGUGUUUGAAGGGACCAUUUUGAUUGCUCUGGGUGCUGUGCUGAGCCUGUAAUCACUGUCCUGAUUAAAACAGCUGGAGUGUUUCCAGUUCCAUCCAGUGGGCCCUGCAUACCCACCCACUCCCUUUCUAGACAGCAUGCUGAGAGGACAAAGCCCUGGGCUCUCCAUCUACAAAGCCUGUCUUCUUUUCCUUUUCAUCUCAAAGAAAAACGGGGGAGAUAUUUUUGUGAAUCCAUACCAGUCUAUCCUGGCAUCAUUUUAGCAUCUACUUCCCACCUUGGAGCAACUGGUGCAGUGUGCAGUAGGUCUGACCAGGUCGAGUUCUAGGCUGCAAUGGAAGGUUUUAAUUGUUUCAUCUGAAAUCUUUGUGUGAUACCUGAACCAGAACCACUUCACUGCAGCAAUCCAUGUCACUGUUGCCAGCUUGCAGACAGCGCUUAGCAUCCUCAUCUAGAGUUCUAUCAUCUUUGAACUGUGAUGGAUUUGAUUUGGCUGGUUACAGAACAUACAGAUUUUUAAACUAGGCUUAACUAUUAGUAAAAGGCAAGUAAAAUUAAAAAUAAAUGCUAUAUUUCACAGGAAAUCAGCUGCAUGUUGUUACAAAUUACAUAUUUUAUGUUAAAAGAAGGGAGAUUAUUAGACCACAUGGUAUUUGGGGGGCAUUGAAGGAUUUUUUUCCUCUGAAGAGCAUUGUACAAUUAUAUUUUUAUGAAAAAUAAAAUAUAUCUUCAUCAUA